AUGGCCACAGACUCGAGCCAAUUCUCAAAGCUGCGCAAGCCUCAACAGUGCAAUCCAUACAAUCCAAGGCAUGUGAUGGGGGGACCUGUGACGGCUAAGGCACCAAGCGCCAAAAGUGGAGAUUUGCCACAACCGUCCCUUGAAGUGGAAGAAGAUGCGGCACCAAGCUCCGAUAGAGAAGCGCCCACAGCAGAAGAAGAAGGUGUUGUGGAGUGCAAAGGGUAUCGACUGCAAUUGCACAGAGAAGAAAACAAAUUUGAAGUUUCCACCAGCACCUGCGCCCAGAGCGGUAUGCGACUUUUCAGGCGCAAGGAUCGCAAAGCACUGAAGAAAUCCCAGUGUUUCAAGAAAUUACUGGGAUCUAACCAGGGGCUUCUUGUCUGGAUGCGAGUAAAGAACUCCAAGACAGCUACAAUGGAUCUCUCAACCGGAGAGGAUGGGCCAGAGCAAUCCACGGCUGCCUCCCUAUGUGUAUCUAAAUCCCAAAGCACAAGCGCAAAGGGCCUGCCUCAUUUUAGUUCAGGUGUUGUGGAGUGCAAAGGAUAUCGACUGCAAUUGCACAGGGAAGAAAACAAAUUUGACGUUUCCGCCAGCACCUGCGCCCAGAGCGGUAUGCGACUUUUCAGGCGCAAGGAUCGCAAAGCACUGAAGAAACUCGAGUGUUUCAAGAAAUUACUGGCAUCCAACCAGGGGCUUCUUGUCUGGUUGCGAGUAAAGAACUCCAAGACAGCUACAAUGGAUCUCUCAACCGGAGAGGACGGGCCAGAGCAAUCCACGGCUGCCUCCCUAUGUGUUCUGAAGCCGACGAGGAAAGCCGGAGAGGCAAAAGACACGCACGACCAAAGGAAGGGUUUCGUCCACUCUCAAUAAUAGAAAGGACAAGCAACCUCAUUAGCUGAUAGCAGUUAUCAAACACUCUCUUCACACCAGGGGCGUGGUAUACAUCGUGUCUGCGUGUGUGUGUGUGUGUGUGUGUGUGUGUGUGUGUGUGUGUGUGUAUGUGCAACAUCGUCACUCGUCAGUCACCUAAAAUGUCCAGAGACUUGCCUACUCUUUGUCCUGCAACUGUCCAGAAGAGAGGACGGCUACUCAGGAAUUAUUGUAGUUUCUCGCUGGACAAUGGGGAUCUAGCGCGGUUUGUGCCUCCUAGAACAUUCAGGACUGGAUUUGGCGAGACAGCCAUAUCGCUAUUCAAAACACACCCAAUUGGAAAGAACGUUAACAUCGUACUUCUGUAAUCUUGUAGACGACUUUGAGAUGCUAACGCGCGUGUGCACGAGCGUGUGCAUAUGUACAUAUGUGUGUGUGUGUGUGUGUGUGUGUGUGUGUGUGUGUGUGUGUGUGUGUGUGUGUGUGUGUGUGUGUGUGUGUGUGUGUGUGUGUGUGUGUGUGUGUGUGUGUGUGUGUGUGUGUGUGUGUGUGUGUGUGUGUGUGUGUGUGUGUGUGUGUGUGUGUGUUCGCAUGCUUUAAAGUAGAUGUUUAGAUAUGUAUCAGAAUAUGUGUGCACGUGUACUAUUUUUUGCUGUUUCUUGUACAUCCCAAGAGUGUGUAAGUCCACUAUGGGUGCUACACUGACCUGAUUCAUUGCAAGUUAGCAUCACUUUGGUGUUGCAGUGUGCAUUGUCUGAAGGUAUGAUUGUAUUUUCAGACUAAAGUA